CACAAAAUAUGUCAAAUAUUUUAUUUAUUACUUUUUUUAAAUACGGCUUAUCGCAACACUUCAUAGUACUGAUUUUACUUCCGCAUUGCUCGUUCUAUUUGUUUACAUUUUAAUUCUGACGGCUGAACAGACAGUCGUAUCUCAUCAUGGACAAGAAAACUGUUUUGGUUGAUGGUUUUGAUGGAUACAAAAUCGAUAAUAUUGAUGAAAUAACUGACAGUACUGAUGACGUAUUACUAAUAAAAAAUUCCAAAGACAACAAUACAGAACAAAAUUCCAUAUCAACUGUUGUUCAAGACUCAUCUAGAUUAGGAGCAUUCUACCAAGUUAAAAAACGGAUUGAUUCAAAUAUGUCUUCAGAUAUAACAAUACUGUGUUCCAAAGCAAAAGGCAAUUUGUGGUUUACUAUUUGUAAGGAGAUACUUACAACAUCAUACAAAUUGGAAAUAAAUACAGGAGACGACUGUGCAUCUACAUACGACGAAAGCUAUUGUUCCGAAAUUCAGAAGUUUUUAUCCUCGUAUGAAACAAAAGAUGAAGUAGAAAUUUUGAAGUCAAACAUCAUAAAUGACAAAUUUAUUCACGGUUUCUCUACAAGGAAAGGUGGAAUGUCAACGGCAAUAGGAGUUUCAUCUUUAAAUAUGACAGCAGCGAGCAUUAAACGUGAUUCGGAAAUGAUCGGUAGAGAAAAUAUACACCGCCUUGGUACAAAAGCAGGAUUCAACCCUAAAAACUUUCUUCGCGCUCGUGCAGUCCAUGGUAAUACCGUGUAUGUUGUAGGUAAAGAAGAGCCUAAAGACGGGUAUGACUGUAUUAUAUCUAAUCAGAAAGAUAUUACAGUUGCUGCACCAGGAGCCGACUGUGUAACUAUGAUAUUUGCUGACCACGAAACUCCUGCUUUUGGAGCAUGUCAUUCUGGUUGGAAAGGGACACUGGCAAAAGCUUGCGUCGAAACAGUAAAGAAAAUGCAGGAUGAAUAUGGCUCGAAAUUGGCGAACAUACGAGUAGCACUUGGACCUAGCAUUGGUUCAUGUUGUUUGGAAUUUGCGGAAGAGGAUGCUGCUUUGUUUAAAAGCAUAAACGAAAACAGCAUCAAACGAAAGGAAGGUAAAGUCAAGCCGUUUAUAGACUUGCAUCUAGUGAACCGGACACUACUCGAAUCGCAUGGUAUUGCACCAUCUCAUAUAGAUGAUACAAGUGCAACAUUGUGUACAUCGUGUAAUCCAGAAUUAUUCUUCUCUUAUAGAAGAGAUGGUAUUCCUUUCGGAAACCAAGUUGGAUUUAUUGGACUUAAGUGAACUAAAAGGUGUGUAAAACAAUCAAUUGAAAGAUUUUUAUUAUUUUCAAUAAAAAUACAACUUCA